UUAAAAACAGUGCGAACCAUUUGAAGUACAAAAACCACAGCACAUUAUUUAACAUCAUAUACAAUAUUCAUCUAGAGCAAAUUAAUUAAUAUUCCACGUAAAAUAUAAUUAGUCAUAUUAUAAAAACAAUGACAUCACAAAUUGUAAAUCAACUUCAGAGGCACAAGAAAACUAAAAGUUCCAGGACAGGUCCAACUUCUUUGUCAACAGUUUUUAAACUUGCUGCUUCAUCACUCAACGCUACCAGAGGUAUCGAGCUGCGCUGCUACAAGUUUAGUCCUCAUGUCUCCCUUCCGUCAAACUUUAUCCGGAUUGAUCUGUUUGAGUUUGAAGCAGAACGCUGGAGGGAAACAUUCAAUACGAUGGGACGUCUGCAAGAGCUGCAUUUGAAGGAGGCAUCCCCUUUCACGACAUUAAGCAAGGCUCCGUAUCAUUGCCCAGCAUUGUCUAGCGACUUUAAGGUUGCUUACGGUAAAAUGAGUCAGGUGGAUGGAGCAUCAGUAAAAGGUUCUUUUAAGCCUAAGAAAGAAGUCAAAGUCUCAUACUGCAACUGUAUCUUCUCGUCAAAUCUGCCUAAAAUAGGUGAGCCAGUGGUGCUAAGUUCUCUACCAAGACGCGUGCUGAAACAAGAGAGUCGUGUGUUCACGCCCUAUCUGCCCACCUCCACUGUUAUGGUCAAGUAUAACAGAAACAUGUACGACGUAGAGACUAUUUGUGAGUGGUUGCAGAAAUUUGGACCUUUCGUCUUCUCCAUAAGGAAGGGAGACCACACACUGAUAGUAUCCUUUGAAACAAUGCAGUCAGCCUAUGAUGCAGUGAAUACUCCCCUACACUCGGCCAGGAUAGUUAUAUAUUGGUUGGACCCUAAAUUAAACAAUUAUGGACACUAUUGUGCUUUUAAGAAUUACACUGUUGAAACGGAUGCAACCUGGCAGAAGCUACUGAAUCAAAUCAUAAGGAAGGAGAAAGGAAUCAUGAAAGCAAAUACUCCAAGCUCUGGGAAAGCGUUACGAUUUGAUACAUGAGGUUACAGAUAUGUUGAUUCGAUACAUGAUGUUACAUACAUGUUGAUUCGAUACAAUAUGUUGUAUUCGAUAGAAGAUGUUAUACGGACGUGGUUUGAAAUUAUAGCAUCAUCAGAUAUAGUCAUCAUAUUUGAACAUUAAAAGAGUAUUUGAAAUGGCAAAGCAUCGAAACAUAA